AUGUUUGAUGAAAAAUAAAAAAAAUGUAAAAGUAUUGAAAUGCAUGAAAUAAAUGGAUUAGGAUGCAAUACUCCUGGAUUAUCAAAGAAAGCAUGCCUUAAAAUAACAUCAUAAAAUUGUUCUUUCUAAAAUGGGAUUUGUUAAUAAUUAAAUUAAGAUGAUCUUACAUAUUAUAAAUGUAAUAUGGAUUUAAAUGAAAAGGCUUGUGUUAAUUUGAAGACAAAUUCUUAAUUUUGUCUAUGGAAUGGAAAUAAUUGUUAAGAAUUAUUUAUUAAUUAAAAUAUUGAUUGCCCUUUAUAUGUAAAAAAUUCAUCUAUAAAAAUGAAUGGAAAUGUUUGUUAAGCAAUUUCAAAACCAAAUGUUUUGUGUAAAUAUGACCAUAUUAAUAAUGUAUGCAUUAAAAGUUAAAUUAAUGAUUAAUGUAACACUCCAUUUCUUAAUUAAUUUGGAUGUGUAAGUAUUUUAAACUCUAAAGAAACAUGUUAAUGGACUGUUAAUGGAUGUCAAUUCGUAGUUAUAGUAUAGUAAUUAACAACUUGUGAAAGUUUAGGAUAUGCUAAUCCAAAUUCAUGCUCCUAAGUUUAUGAAAAUGAUAACAUAGGAUGCUAUUUUGAUAAAAAUAAAAAAUAAUGCAAAUCUAUCGAACUAAAUUCCAAUGAUCAAUUAAUAAAAGAUUUUUUGAAGACAAUUAAAUGUGAUAAUGUGUCUUUAGGGAUUAAUAAGAUAAUUUGUGGUUCUAUCAUUACCGAAUAAACUCCAUGUAGAUGGUUUCAAGAUUAAUGUGUAUAUUUCUCUAAAAGAAGUGAUAUUGCAAAUAUACCCUGUUUACAUCUACAAAAUUCAAACUAUUAGGCUUGUGCUUUAGCUUCAUUUCAAAAUGAACCAUGCAGGUAUUCACAAAAAAUAAAUGGAUGCACUAAUACUAUGGAAUAAAAUAACAGCAGUUGUGAUUUGUUAGGAUUAAAUAAAGCUGGUUGCGAAUUAAUUAAACCUAGUAUGUGUUAAUUUGAUAGAUACAAAUGUAUUAGCAGAAUUUAUGAAGAUCCUGAAAAAGAAGAUAGUCCAGAAUCGAAAAAUAAUCCCUAUAAUUUUUUAAAAUGCACUACUCCACAGCUUCCAAAAUCUGAUUGUGCAUUAAUAAUUACGAAUGAACAACUAUGUUAAUGGUCCUAAAUGUUGGCUACUUGUACAGAAAUCUCUAUUUAAUAUAAUACUAGGUGUAUUCAAUAUAUGGGAAAAAAUGUUAUUGUUAAUCCAAAUGUUUGUGCAUCAAUUUUAACUGAUUAAUCAGAUUAUUGUGGCUAUGACAAAGAUAAAAAUAAUUGUAAGAUAUUUUCUGAAGGUUGUACAACUCCCUGUUGUACUGAAAUUGAUCUGAUAGGAAUAAAUGCUCAUUCAUGUAGUAAAUUUACAAGUCAAAAAGGAUAGGAAGAAGGGAACUAAUAUACUUAUUGUUAUUUUUAUAAAAGUAUAUGCACGGAGGUAUAAAGCGAUAUUGUGAAUACUUCUGAUGAAAAGGAGGUCGCAUUAUACUUUAAUAAUCUUGAAUUGCCUUGCACAUCCAUGAAUUUUAAGGGUUGCCAUAUGAUCAGCUGGUCAAAAUCUUAACAUUGUUAUUAUGAUGGAUUUGUUUGCACGAAUCUCAAUGUUUCUUCAAUCAAGAACUUAUUAGAUUUAACUUCAGAUAAAUUCAUAUUAAAUGAAUAUGCCUGUUUAUCUAUUGAAGCAAAAAUUACAAAUACAAACAAAGAAAAAUACUUUGGUUAUGAUGCUGAGAAUAAAAGAUGUAAACUUGUACCUUUAGACACUUUCAAAGAGUGCUAAAGCGCAUAUGGAAAUAAAAAUGUUUGUACUGGAUUAACUUAGGAAGUUUACUGUAUUUGGGAUUCAGAUGAGCUAUAAUGUGUUGAUAUAAAGGUUGAAGAACUUCGAGAAUUCACAAGUUGCAAUUCUGAUUUAAACGGUGAGGCAUGUAUUAAUAUUGAUUCUGUAGGUAAAAAUAGUAAAUUACCAUGUUUUUUUUCAUUUGAUACAGAUUUUUGUUAAGAGGCUCCUGAACAAGUAGAAUGUAAUUACUUUGUUGGAAGAGGAAAGAUUAGUUAAUCAGUAUGCAAGGUGAUAAAUAAACAGGGUCAAAUUUGUGAAUAUUCUGAAUAGGAUAAAACUUGCAUAAAAUCAGAAACCUUAUUUGAUAGUUGCGAUGUUUCAGCAAGGAAUGCAAAUAACAGAGUAUGUUAUAAUAACACAAAUGGAAAUUGUAGAUGGGAUACAUCUGCUUUAAAAUGUUAUGAAAAUUAAACAGAAAUUGGAGAACUCAAAUGUAAUGAUUAGUUAAACAAAAUUCUAUGUGUACAAGUAGUAAAAGAGGCAUGUAUGUGGGAUGAUGUUAAAUAUUAAUGUUAAGUGUUUAUCCCAAAAACAUCUUAAGAAUUUGAAAAUUCAAAUAAUAAUGUAAAUCAUCUUUAUAAUCAAAAAGCUUGUUUAUUGAUUUCAGGAGCUGGAUAUUUUUAUAACAAAGAAACAAAAAAAUGUAUAAAAAUGGAUGAAACUAUAAAUAAUCUUAGUUGUGAUCAAUAUUAAUUGAAUUAAUAUGCUUGUUUAUAUUUAACAAGAGGUACUCCUUGCUUUUAUGAUUAAAAUGAUCAAUUAUGCAAAAUUUUUGAAGAUGAAUAGUCAUAAUGUAAUACUUCCAAUUUGAUCAAUAUCGAAGUCUGUAUGAAAAUACCAGUUGCAUGUGUUUUUAAUGAAAGCACUCUAUAAUGUCAACCAUUCAAUGUAGAACAAACUAUGACUUGCACAUAAUUAUUCAACUAUUCCAAAAAUAAAAUCCAUCAUAACAAAAUUUCAUGUGCUUCUAUAAGUCCAAAUUUAAUAUAAACAAUUGAUGAAAAAGAUUGCUCUCAAGAAAAAUAGCAUACAUAAAAAUGUAAAUUUGAAAAAUAUUGUCUCUGGGAUUAAUGGACAUAUUCAUGUUAGGUUUAUAAACUAUUAGUUGACUAUCUUGAAACUGGGAGAUCAAAAGCACAAGAAAGAAUUACAUGUCCGGAUACUGAAAAUGAAGAAAUAGGGUGUUAGUAGGAUUUGAACAAAUAUAAAUCAGAAUUAUUUGUGCCAUCGAGAUUAAUUCAGCUUAGAAGUUAAAUGAAUUGGGUAAAUUAGACAUGUUUCAAUCAUACUCAAUUAUAUACUAGAAUGUAUAUCUAUAAUUAAGUUGAAGAUCAUUCUUAAGAUUGCAAAAUGACCAUAUGUACAAAAUCUGAAUAAAUCAUAUGUGCAGAAAAUAUUCUGAAUUUUUAAAUCACUGAUACGAUCAAUAAAUUAGAUGAAAAGAGAGAUGAUGGGACUGAAACUAAGGAAAUUCAUGUUAUUAGCACUUUCAAUGAUGAUAAAGUUACUAAGGUUUGUCCGAAUCAAUUUAACUAUCCAUAUGAUCAACUUUAUUCCAAGACCUGUAAUAGAGAUGUAUAUGCUAUUCUAAGUCCCUUUUGUUAACUCAUUUAUAAUAAAAUCAGAACUUGUGAUAGUUCUUUUUCAAAAGCUCUUUGUUUAGAAUUAAAUUCUGAAAGCUGUUAUUAUGAUAUAAAGUAGGGAGGCUGUCGCUAUUUACAAAAUAAUGAGCAUAAGUUGCCACAUUGCGCAAGCAUUUCAAACAAUUGCUUUACAAGUUAAAGCUCGAAUGCCAUUUGUUAAAAUGGACCUUUGAUAAAAUAACCAGGUCCUUCAUGUUUGAGUAUCCAAGAAGAUCAAUAAACCUGUGAAAGCGCUAGUAAUUAAUUAUCUAGUUUUUCUUGUAAUGAAAUCAGUGAAUCUAAUGCUUAGCCAAUUUUAUGUGCACUUGCUAUAGAUUAAUGCAGAUUUUAUGGUAUUAAAUGCACUAAUACUUUGCCCAUUCCUUGUAAUUGCGAUAAAAGUUAUAGUAAAGUUUUAUGCGAAUAAUGUGGUUGCGAUUAUAUGUUUUUAGGAUAUUGUUAAAAAAAGAGUAGCGUGUUGUAUCCUUAAUUAAAUUAGGAUUGUUCAAAUAAAUAUUAUUUAUGUUAUGAAGUCAACACAUUUACCAGAGCUAAUAAGUAAAAGGCUUGUGGCUUAGUUGAUUAAGCAUGUAAAUUCACAGAUAAAUGCGAAGAUGCCACUCAUUCUACUUGUAAGGAAUUAAUUGGGUUAACCGUAUCUUAAUAGGCUUGUGUAAGAUGCACUGGUUUAGCAAUGUAGUAUAAUUCAAUCGAUUAAAAAUGCUAUCCUAUAGCCUAAAAUAUAAGUUAAUGUGAAAAUCUUAAUAAAGAAGCUUGCCUCUCUUUUUCCACAAAUAUUUAUUGUUAAUGGCAGAAAUCUCUAUCUUUAAAAUGCAAUUAAAAGAAAUAUGAAUUUACUUGUAAAACCAUUUCAGCUAUUUCGACAACAGAUUAAAUUGAUUGUUCUACUUUAAAUUAGGUUGCUUGUUACAAAGAAUAAAUGAAUUUAUGUUGGUUUAAUCCUGAGAGUAAAUUAUGUGAGAAAUAUAGUCCAUUGAAAGGGAAGUGCUUGUUUUAUAAAAAUAAAUCAACAUGUAUGUAGUCUAUGGUUGAAUCAUGUAAAUGGAAUGGUUAAAUAUGUUAAACUGAAUCGAAUGCAUAAUAAUGUGAUGGAUUAAAUAAAUAUGGUUGCUUGAAUUUCUAAUAAUUACCGUGUGUGUGGUCCGAUAAUUUAUUAAGAUGUGAAUUAGCUUAAUUCUCUAAUAAUCAAAUGAAUUGUACUUAAUUUUUAGAAAACUAAAGUCAUGUGUCACAUAUGAAUGCUUAAACUUGUACUUAAAUAAAAAGUGAUAAAAGUUGCAUUUUGGGUAACAACCACAAAUGUAGAGAAAUUUUAGAACCGUAAUUUUAUGAUUGUGGAACUUAAGGAUUAAACAAAAACGCUUGUAUAUCAAAAACCAAGAAUUCUUGUGCCUUCAUUAAUAAUAAGUGCAUUUUCUUCUCAAAUAUCAAUGAAGGUUGUUAAACAUACUUAAAUGAAUUAGCUUGUCUGAAUUAAGAUGCUAUAUGCACAUUUAAUCAAGGCCUUUGUUUCGAAUUCAAAUUCACUUCUGUUAAUGAAGUUACUUAGAAUAAGUUUUCACCAUUUUCAAAGAAUGUGUGUCGCAUUUUCGAUGAUUAAAUUGGCUUAAUUUAUAGUGAAAUAUAGAAGUUAUGUUUAAUGGUUAGUAACUUAAAAAAAAAGUUGACUGACUGCACACAAUUUGGAAUUAACAAAUAUGCAUGCAUCAACUAAGUUGAAAAUUAUUGUUAAUAUUAAGGAUCGUUAAUGUAGAUAUAUAAAUCCAUCAUCUAUUAAGGACUGUUAAAAAUUUUUAAAUUAAUAUGCUUGUAGUUAGGUUGA